AUGCCCGCUCGGCCUCGAGAUACCGCCGCGGCGCGAAAUGCGCAGCAGGAGCAUCGUUAUGAUAUCCCAGGCCUUCAAUUCGACGACACGUUGACAUGGCGCGCCGGCAAACCAAUACCUGUCGCAGACUUAUUGGCACGACUACAGAAGCUGGCUUCGGAGCUACGCAAGUAUGAUCUUGAUCAGGUCGACUCGCGCACUUUCACUACCCUCGCGCAAGACCUCGCUAACGCCAACCUCCUCGGCCAUAAGGAUAAAGGUGUGAGAGCAUGGACCGUUUCGUGUAUUGUGGAUGUUUUGAAGAUAUGUGCGCCGGAUGCGCCGUUCAUCGAAGGCCAGCUUAAAGUGAGCAAUCUCCCUCCCACAGGCGGUCGCGCUCAGCUAACGGCUCAACAGGACAUAUUCACCGUUGUGAUCAAUUCAAUAAUACCCGCACUUGCCGACCCAACUAAUGCUUACAACGCUCAGCACGUCUAUAUUCUCAGUUCGCUCUCUGAAUCCCAGAGUAUCUUGCUGGUUACAGACAUUCCAAAUCCCGAUAACCUCAUUGUUUCCCUCUUUACUACGGCUUUCGAUAUUGUGUCAGGAUCUAGCAAGAACGGUUCAGGCGCUGAAAUAUCAAAAAGCGUGGAAUAUCACCUGAAGAAUCUACUAGUUGCUGUUGUGGAUGAAGUGACACUACCCCAGGAGGUUACCGAUGUCAUUAUCUCGCAAUUCUUGCGUGUCGACACUGGCGACAGUCAGGAUGUUGGCCAAAAAGGCAAGAAGCGAGGCGCACAUGACACCAGGCAGGCUACUCUGUUGGUGAAGGACUAUCCUCCCGCAUAUAACAUGGCCAAAGCACUUUGUACUAGCUGUCCCGAGAAGAUGACAACUCAAAUCACGCAGUAUUUUGGGACAGUGAUUGUCGAUGCAUCUACCGCCGCAAACACGAAUGGCCUCUCCAAGUCGAAACAUCGACGCUUAUCAGAGAUCGAUGAUUCAGAAGAUGACAACGAAGGCUUUGCAGACUUGCGCAAGGCCCAUCGCCUCUUGAGGGAAUUGUGGAGAGCCUGCCCUGAUGUCCUCCUGAAUGUAAUUCCCCAGAUCGAAGCAGAGUUCAAUUCAGACUCUGCGGUCCUUCGCGAACUCGCCACCGAAACAAUUGGUGAUAUGACAGCCGGGAUAGGGAUCGCUGGUCUAGCCCCAUCAGCGACGCUCGACCCGGCCACAUUCCCGCUACCAUCGAUCGAACAACCAGAAGCAGCGCCUCAAGUUGCCAAUCCGAUCCUGACACCAGCAUCACCCAAGCCUUUUGCUACCGUACACGCAUCCGCGUACCAAGCUUUCUACGGACGCCGUAUUGACAAAUCACCCAAAGUUCGUCAGGCAUGGGCUGUUGCAGCUGCCCGUAUUCUUAUGACCUCCGCUGGCGGUAUUGGCCUAAGCGAUGAUGAACUCCAGACACUACUGUUCGCAUUCGCACAACUUUUGCAUGACCAAGAAGAACAUGUUCGGCUUGCCGCCAUCCGCGCAAUCAGUACGUUCAGUUAUCAUAACCUGAUCAAUACUCUGGGCGCUGAUGGCGGCCUUGCCAAACAGGGCACCGUCUUUACCAUUCUGGCCGAGAGAGUGACCGACCGGAAGCACACGGUGAGAGAACAAGCCAUCGAACUUCUUGCACGAAUAUGGGGUGUUGCGUCACGAGACGUUGAGGAGGGUGUCCCGGUGGUGAAAGAAGCGGUCGGCGACAUUGCCAAUCGAUUAUUGCGAGCAUUUUACACAAAUGACGCCCACGUUCAUGCUUUCAUCGACAAAGCCCUCUACGAUAGCCUUCUGCCCUUAUCAUUUCCUCCCAUAAAAUCUCAUAAAUCAGACAGUCAGAGACACCGUGCCGGUCAGAAAGAGUCUGGUUCACAAGCUGCGGCUUCUGUCGACCCAGAUGAAAUUCGAGCACGUCGGAUUCUGACAUUAGUACAGUCAUUGGAACCAAAGUCCCGCGCAGUGUUCUUCAGUCUUCAGAAUCGCCAGGUGCAGCUAAGCAAGGGAAUGGUUAUAUUUAUCCAGGCCUGCGAGGACUAUAACGGCGGGAUUAUCGAAGAUGAUGGCUCCGAGGCACGGAUCAAAGAGCGCCUUGGUAAAUAUAUCGAUGUGAUCUCCAAGUCCUUCCCUAACUCUAGCGAUGUUUCUACAAACUUGUGGAAGUUUGCAAAGCAACAUGAUCGCCGAGCGUACCAACUGAUUCGAUUCGCUAUCGGGGCCGAGAAUGACUAUCGUACAGUCACCAAAGCGAUCAAAGAGCUCACCAAACGAAUUCGGGAAGGGCCCCCGAAUGCUCAAUCCUUAAUCGAUACAAUUCAAUCCAUCCUCUACCGGUGCGCCUUGAUCGUCUAUAACCGGAGUCACGUCCCAACGAUCAUGCAAAUAUCGAGAACCGAUGAAGGCGGGCUUGGAGAGGUUGCGCAAGAGGUCCUGAAAGAAAUCUCCGCUCGGCACCCAGAAGUGCUCAAAUUCCACAUCCAAGCCCUUUGUAAGGAGCUUGAGGAAGAUGCCCCGACAUCUGCCAGGAGCGAGGAAACGGGAGCCGCAGACACGCUGAAAGCUUGUGCGGCGUUUGCUCGAAAAUAUCCUGCAGAAGUGCCGAAAGACCGCAAAUUUUUGACAGCACUCACACAUUUUGCACUCUUUUCCCUAUCACCACGAGCAGCAAAGCAUGCCGUAUCAAUUAUUAUAAUGGUUGCCGACAAAAAGGAAAUGUAUGCCAAAGAUCUACUCUCAAAAGCUCUCAGAGAUUGCACACUUGGCUCGCCUCACUUCCUCGCUCAUUUGGCCACAAUUUCUCAAGUCUGUCUUCUAGUUCCAGCGGCCUCAAGUGAGCACACGAGCACUCUGCAGCAGCUAGCGGUCACAGACAUCUUACGCAAGAAUCACUCGCCCAGCUCCGACGACAAUCCAAAUGCCUGGACCAACAGCCCUGACGACGAAACCAGAGCGAAAGAAUUGGCUCUGAAAAUUCUUGUCAACCAAUGCCGGUCGCAUGAAGAGAAGUCUGCCGAGUUCGAAGAUGCCGCCGAAAUAGCUAUUAAUUUACUUAUGUCCAUCAUCCAGAAUGAAGGCGAGAUCACGCCAUCGAAGGACACACAUCCUGCUCAAAAGAACCGCCUACGACUUACCGCUGUCCAUUUUCUCCUGAAGCUCUGCAGUCAUCAACGUAAGUGCGAAGACCUCGUCAAGCCGGUUAUGUUUAUCAAUGUCCUUAUGAUCAUGAUCAAUCCGCCCAACCCUGUCCGCGUAGGGUUUGUUACUUAUCUGAAAAAGUAUCUUGGUCAAAAUCGGCUGGCUCACCGAUGGUUCACUGCCUUUUUUCUUCUUGCUUUCGAGCCUGAUGUUGAACUUCGAACUUCGACAAUGACCUGGAUGAAGGCGCGAGUCCAAUCCUUCGCCAAGCAACAGGUCCAGAAAUCGAGCGACAGGAAAGUACCUCACAAUGUCAUGGAAUCAAUCUUUGCUCGUCUGCUGAGCCUCCUGGCUCACCACCCUGACUAUCCAACUGCAGACAGUGCGGAUUUUGAUGGCGAAUUACUGGAUUUCUCCAAGUACAUCGUCUUCUACCUAUGCACUGUUGCCACCGAGGACAAUUUGUCAUUGAUCUUCCACAUUGCUCAGCGUGUCAAAGGCGCCAGGGACGGUGUAACGGGCACUGACGAGGCAUCGGAGCGCCUGUAUAUUCUUUCAGAUCUUUCACAAGCUGUCAUCCGGAACUACGCCGACCUUAUGCCUGCUCACGCAAAAGGUGUAAAUCUGCUGCAGACGUGGCCUGGUAAUGUUACGUUGCCUCGCUCACUAUUCAAAGCUCUCCCAAGUCACGAAGCUGCGCAGGAGAUAGCAGAGAAGAACUAUCUUCCCGAAGACGUGGCUGGAGGUUUGGAGAAGCUUGUAAGAUCAUACAUCCGUUCCUUGAAAGGCACUGGGAAGGAAGCCAAAAAGCCUGGGGCGAACAAGAAGCGGAAGAGCGAAGCCCUUGGCGUGGAGGUUGAUGAAGAUGGUGACGAAGGCCACAAGGUGCCCAAGAAGCCGAAGAAGUCCGCGCUGGCGAUUCGGAAAACGCCCAAGCCAAAGAGAAGAACGGCCGAAACCGCGAGUCCUGAGCAGCCUUCGCGGAAGAGCUCCCGACGCUCAAACGCCGUUUCGUAUGCUGAGGCAGACAGCGAUACUGACGAUGCUCAGAUGGAAGAUGUAGAAAGCCCCGUAAGCAGUCCGGCAUCAAGUCGAAAGAAGAAGACUUCACAAAAAAAGGAAUCCGAACCUGUCGACGGCGGAGGAUUUCAAGCGCAGAGCAUGGAAGAAGAGGAUUCAAAUGCGGAAGAGAUACAUCCAGAUGAAACGGAUGUGCAGGUACACGAGGAUGAAGAUCUCGGCAUGGCAGAAGCUAGAGUUGAUUCUUCACCUUUACUGCAACAAAAAAGCAAUUCGGGAUCUGCGAGGAAGGGACGCGGCAGUGGGAAGAAGAGCAAGCCAACACCGGCCCCAGCUCUCAACGGAAAGAAGACUGAACAGCCAACACGGUCGACAAGAUCUACCCGCAGCUCGAGAGGAUGA